GUCUAUACAACAAAACAGCGGUACCUUCUAUCGAGCCGAAAGGUGUUUGGCCUCUCAUCUCCCAAAGAGCCUUUACUGUGGUGUGAGUAAUUGUAAACCUGUACCAUGAGUGCUGAUGCUGAUAUCGUUCGUUCAUCACUUGAGAAAUUACUCCAUGAUCAUUCUCCAAGUGCUGAUACAAGUGGAAUUGAUGAGAUCGUAGUGAGCUACGUGAGUGGUGUAUUGGAAGAGGUAGCUGUAGAUGAGGAGGAGGUGGACUCUGCAGGGAUGAAGGAUGUUAUGGCUGCUUAUGUGCCAGAGUUUGAUGCUAUCCCAGAAGAUGCCAUCACCUCUUGGGUAGUCAACAUGAUACAUGUUAUCAACCAAGAGAAAAAUAAAGUGAAAGCAGGCAAGGACUUGACUUUGGAUGCUCUGAUAUCAUCAUUCCCAGUGGAGACUCGAAAACAUCGCAACUCUCAAUCAAUAAGUGAAACAAGUGAAAGAUCACAGAAACUGUCAGAGACAUCAGUUGGUUCUGAUGAACAAAAUAGUACCAAUGGAGAUGAGCAGGAUGAAUACACAGAGGGCUUGGCAACCUUACUUGAGAUGUUCCCGGGAACUUGCAACCUGGAGGUGCAGCACUGUCUCGCUAGCUGUGGGGGGGAUUUAGAGCACGCCACAACUCUUAUCCUCCAGCGCCAGGAGCAAGGCAUUAGCAUCAAGGCUAAUACAAAUAGCAAGCUUGUUCCUGGAGCAAAAGGCAACAAGAGCCAGGUUGAUGAUAAAGAAGUAAGAACCUCAAUUCUCAAUCGAUAUGGAUUUGUCGAUCACGAUGAUGAUGCUCGAGAACAUAGGCCUGUAGCCCCUAAGUGGGAAGGGAAGAAGAUGGUCCGAUACCGUGAUAACAAGGUUGUGAGUAUUAAAGGAGAGCGCUAUACAGAAAUAAAGAAGGAUGAAUCCACUGAUAUGAAGAAGACAUAUGUGCACCUUAAACCAGGUAAACAGUAUCGAUUCCACUGAUCCACAGGGUACAAACCUUACUACAUCGACGCUGCCCAUUAUCACCUGUGUGAAAAUAAGGCAACAGGCAUGGGUCAGGGCGGUAAGGUUUGUUUUUGUCAUCGUUGUUGGAAUAAUUUAUGUUGCAGAGCGAGUCCACAGUGUCAGAGAAGAGGUGGACAUGUAGAAGGCUUAAUUGAUAUCUUAAUGUUAUUUGUGGGUUCCAAGGAACGUUUAGUAUGUAAUCUCUUUAGAAUUCUCAUAACUUUUCAGUGUUGUUUGUUAGUGUUACCUAGUUACUGUAUUGAUGUCAGUAAUUGUAUCAUUUUGUUGAAAAUGCUUCGUAGAUACCAAAGAAAUCGAAGAUCUGGUGAUGUAACUAAUGUCAGAAGAAGCAGUGGAGUGAGAGUCAGAAAAUAUUAUAAAAAAUACUCAGUGUUAUUACCCGACACGGUGGAUCUAGCGCCAAAAACUUUAUCAAAAAACUCUAAAAAAAUUUACCAAAUCAUAAUUUAUUAUAUAUUGAAACAAAAAACUUAUCUCAUAAUUGAUAUUCUGUGGUAUGUGAGGAUUAUUUGUAAAAUAUCACUAUUUAAUAAGAUACUUGUAUUUUCAUAUGUAGGUCAGUUUUUUCUUAAAAUAUACAAACGAGCAAAUCUUAGGUAGUAAAUUAAAUCACGACUGUAAAUUUGCAUAUCUUUGUCACAUCUAAUUUCUGUUCAGGUAAUGGAAGACAUAUAUGGAUAAUUUUAUGUCAAGCAUUAAAACAGAAAUGAAAAUAGUUUAUCAAUUGGCAAUAAACUUUGAAGAAUAUAAAUAUAUAAAGUAAAAUAAAGUGGGUGGAUGUGAAUAGGUAUGUAAAAUUUUAAUUAUUUGUCACUUUGCACACAAUACAUUUUAUUAAGAAAUACAUUUUUUUGCCCAGUGGGGCUUAAACAUGUACCAGUAUAGUUACUGUUCUUCAUAAACAUUUCAACAUUAGGAUUCCUUCUCGUUCCAAAUUAUUUUGUCACAAAUCUGCAAAUAUCUUUGUUUGCUUUCCUAAGUGUAGAAUAUUGUGGUUUCUGUCAGCUAUUAUACCUAUUAACUUAAAAGUUUGUUUUAAGUUCAAAUAUCAAGUUGUGUGAUGUGGAAAGCACAGCUUUUAUUUUAUUGAUAUUAUUUUUUUACUUGUGGAUACAGUUGAUUAUAUUGUAGUUUCCAAGAUCAACACGACUCAAACUCUUGAGUGUUGUUCUCCUUCCAUAUGUCUCAACGUUUUAGUGUUUUGUGGGAAGUGUUGCCCUCAGAACUGAAGGACGGCCAUUUGCAGUGGAAUCCUCAAAAUAUUGUGUACAGUAUAUCAGUAGAACCCGAGUUUUCAAAAGGUUCUUU